AUGGAUUCCAAUCGCUUUCGUCCAAUUUCUCAUUUUAUUGCGCCCCAUUCAUGGUCCAACGACCCAUGUGGCGCUUGCUAUAUCCCCGAAACCGACGACUAUAUUGUCUGUUAUCAAUGGAACCCCGGUACUUCUGAAUGCGGUAAUUGUGCUUGGGGAAUGGCAAGAUCUAAAGAUCUGGUCACCUGGGUGGAUUGCAUGCCAGCAUUGGAGAACGGUGAUACAUAUGAUUCUAAAGGUGUUUUCUCAGGCUCCAUCGUAUCACGAGUGAUAGCUGGGAAAACUACACUGUUUCUCUUUUAUACCAGCAUAUCCGCCCUCCCUAUCCAUUGGUCUAAGCCUUACGUUCCAGGUUGCGAAUCCCAAUCUCUUGCAUACUCAACAGACUUUGGGAAAUCCUGGAAACGCAGGCAGAACAAUCCUCUGCUCAGCACACCACCAAGGGGCGCACGCACAACAGGAUGGCGUGAUCCCUUUGUCUCAAAAUGGUCUUCUCUCACAACACUGCUUGGUGUGGAUAGAGAUACCAAUUACAUGCUAAUUGCUUCUGGAGAAAAAGAGCACGGUCCGCAAUUACACAUUUACGAGUCCCAUGAGCUUUGUGACGGCUGGGAGUAUCUGGCCACUAUACUCGAUGUCAAGAGCGGCACAACUAUUUCAGACAAUAGCCACCACUUCUUUGGAAUGAAUUUUGAGUGUGCGAGUUUCUUCACGCUGGACAGUCAAGACUAUAUUCUCCUCGGAGUUGAAGAGAAUGAAAGUAGUAUCCGCCACAGAUGUCGGUACACAUUAUGGCUCUCAGGCAGUUUGAUACUUGACGACGGGAAACCACAAUUUAUCAUAAAUAGCCAUGGGGUCAUCGAUCAUGGAAUCUCCUAUGCGCCACAUAUUUUCCGUGAUAAAAGCAACCGGGUGCUCCAGCUUGGAUGGGCGGAUGAGUGUGCUAAUCAGCACAUCGUCAAAGACCAAGGAUGGGCAGGGUGCUUGACAUACCCUAGAGAGAUGUUCAAGUGUGUCAAGUCCCUUGAUCUUGAAGUGGCCAGAAAGUGUUCUGAGUGGACGAUUGAUCAGGACAACCAAACAAUGUCAAGCCUUGGCAUUCGGCUUGCCCAGCAAAUAGACCUUAUCCGAGGCGACGAGGCUUCGAUGUCACUGCAGCAGUUUCAAAAUCUCCAGUCAACUACUUAUGAGAUCUCCGCAAAAUUUUCUAAACUCUCCGGGUCUGAGAAGUUUAUCAUCAAUGUUCGACAAUCCCUUGACUAUGCAGAAAUCACUCAGCUGGUAUUUGACAUUGCUAAAGGUCUGAUAAUAGUCGACCGGAGUAGGUCGUCAUCGACGAGCUUGGGGUCAAUAGUGCCGGACAGCGGAUUAUUCCAAUUGUUAUCUGGGGAGGAACUCAAUGUCAGAAUUUUGGUGGACGUCUCUAUCAUUGAGAUUUAUGUGAACGAUAGAUUCGCUCUUACCUCCCGCGUGUAUCCCUCCUUGGAAACAUCCAUUCAUGCUUCCUAUGAUUUUGGCACCUAUCGGGAAGAGAACCUUAGCUUCGAGUGUUGGGACAAUCUGAAGGAGGCAUGGCCUGUUCGAGGAACCAGAGGCCAUAGCUUAGAAGCACCGCUUGCUACUUCAGCAAUACAAGAAUAA